UUCACAUCGUCACAUGUUAAUGUGUAUGAAGUGUAUGUUUGUAUGUAUGUAUAUGUACUGUAGGAAUAUGAGUGUAUGUGCAGUAUAUGCAUGGGCGGACUGACAACUCAUGGGGCCCCCUGGCAACAGGGGAUCAUGGGGCCCCUGUGUCCUUGCCCAAACUCAAAAUAGCCUAUGAAAAAGGUACCAGGGGCAUCUCAUGGGGCCCCCUACUGACCCCGGCCCUCGGGCAGUGCCCGAGUUUCCAAAUGGUCAGUUCGCCCCUGUAUGUAUGCAUGUAUAUGUCUGUGUAUGUGCAGUACAUGUAUGUGUGU